AUGCGCCUGGAGGUCUUCCCCGCCAGGGGGCUCGCCGAGCCUCAUCCCGUGGACGGGGCUCCGAUCGUGCAGGAGAUGGAGAUGGAGGAGAUUCCAGAGGCAAACACCGUUGGGCAGGACACGACUGAGCCAGCUUCAAACGAGAUUCAGGAUUCCGCCGGCAGCCUGCUGAGGCACACGACGACCGUCUACGGCCAGCAGUGGUUCAAGAGCAAGGAGACUCCGACCGGCCGGGGCCCCAAGGACCUCGCCGUGGCCUGGAAGACCCUCCACGGCCACGGCAUUCUCGUCGCUGCUGACUCCGCGUCAGAUUCCGCUGCCAAGAUGUUCACCAGCUUCCAGGACGUUCCUGCCCUGCUGGUUUACUGCGCACGCCUCCGGGGCCGGAGCAAGCACCUGUACGAGUGCCUGCUCGAAGUGACCCCUUCGCUGCUCUACUACGACCUGGACUACUACGUGCCUUCGAACGUGUGCGCGGGGGACUCCGAGGACGCGGUCGGGGCGCGGGACGCAGAGUUUGCUGAGCGGAAGCGGCACUUUGAGCGGCUCAGGGACGGGUUUCUGGAGGCGGUUCUGGGGGUGUCGAGAGAGGCGGUGCGGUUCGAGGAGAGCACUGCGCACGGAGGGGUCCCGGGGGGGUUCAAGUUCAGCGUUCAUGGGGUGCUCAAGGGCUUCUACCUGGAGGACAGCCGAGCGCGGGGCCUGUUUGCAAAGGCAUUCGAACAGUUCCUGAAGAACCCGCCCCCGCAGUUGGCGCGCAGCGCCGAGUUCGUCUGGACGGAGGAUCAGCGGGGCCGCCCAAAGCUAAUCUGGGACGGCACGGUCUACUCCAAGUUCCAGAACUGGCGCAUGCUGCGGUCGAGCAAGAAGGGGAGCGACCGCGUCCUCGAGCCGAGCGAGGGCAGCUCGGAGCUCAUUGUGGACCACCUGGCGGGGCUCUACUCGGCAGCGGCGCUGCAGUGCUGCGCCCGGCUAGACGUGGCGCGCCUCGAGGCGUACCUCCAGCAGCACGCGCCCACCCUGUCGCGGCCGCGGCGCCCAACGAUGCGCGUGAGAGACGCGGGCCUCGCGGAAGAUGGCGGGCAGAAUCGGGCGGACCUGGGCGAGGAGGAGCAGCGCGUGCUGGUGGAGUGCUACCAGCAGGAGCACCCCGGCGCUACGCUCGCGCGCGUUCACGUGGUCGGCUCGGGGGUCUUCACGGUCCACUUCGACGUGCCAGAGCCCACGUGUCUCCUCGCCGGCCGUCCGCACACGUCCCCGGGCAACAACAACACGUACCUGCUCUACCGCCGAACCCGGCCGGGGGUGGCAUUGUACAAGUGCCAUUCCGCCACCUGCAGCGGAGUUGCGCGUGUGCUCCAUUUGGAGACAGAGCAAAUCACGGGCUGGACGGAGGAUUAUGUCAAGGCGGACGGCAUGCACCCGUAUCCACUCUUCUCCCUCGAUUCCCCUGCCAAGAAAACGACCCUCGUGUCAGCCAACAAGGGCAUUGGGAAGUCGAAGGAGGGAAACGACUGGCUGGAGAGACUUCUGCAACGGUUUCCGUGUGCGACCUUCCUCAUGGUCGCAGCCAACGUCACGCUCGCUCGGAAGUAUGCGGAGGAUACACGGCGGUGCGGCGUCGCGGCCACGCUGUAUCUCGAUGUGCUUGGAAAGAUCGAGGCGAACAGGGUCGUUGUUUGCGUAAACUCCCUCCCCAGACUGGCUGCGAAUUUUGACGUGGUCAUAAUGGACGAGAUGGACAUGAUCCUGUCCAACAUGAACUCGGACGUCAUGGCCCGGAAGAAGAUGGUCUUCCUGGCGCUGGAAGGGGCGACGCGGCACGCCAAGGUCGUGCUCGGGAUGGACGCGAACAUCGGCAGCCCGCGGGUGAUGCAGUGGCUGCACAUGGUGCGGCCAGAUGCUGCCUUGCACACAAUCCGCAACCGUGGGGUGUACCCGGGAGCGCGGAAGGCCACGAUCAAGUACAUCCCUGCGACGGCGCGGUUCCAGAAGGACCCGUACGGCCCGGCGAUUGCCGAGACGUUGGAGUCUCUCGCGAAAGGCGAGCACAUCAUAGCGCCUUCGUCCAGCAAGACGUACGUCCUGAAGCUCGAGGAAGCCUUCAAGCAGCGGUUCCCAAGCGACGGCCCGACUGCCAAGUCAGGGAAGUUCUUCUACUCCAAAUCUACGACGAAAGCGGCGAAAGCCGCUCUCGAGCUGGCGGUCACCGACCCCGACACCCACAUGACGGCAGACCUGUGCGCCUCCUCCCCCGUGAUCGGCCCCGGCAUCUCGCGAGAGCGGCCCCACUUCGACAGGCUCAUCGCUUUCGCCUUGAACAGCUUCGAGCGGGGGCCGACCGUCGAGACCUUCCUCCAGCAGCUCUUCCGCGAUCGUACGGUCACCGACUUUACAAUCUACGUCAAGGAAGGCGCGGGCCCCCGGUCGCUUCCCUCGACCGUGGAGGACGUUUUCUGCGCGAUCGAAGACAACGAUCGCGAGCUCGCCAAGCUCUUGGGCAGCACCGACCAUCUGGAUUUCCUGCUGGCCCCCUCCGGAACGCGGCCAGUCUGCAACAGGAACUCCCCCGCCUGCGUCCUGUAUGCGAACAACGUCCUCACGGUCGCCAACAGCUUCCGCAACUUCCCGGAGCUCCUGCGCGCAGACCUGAUCAAGCAGGGGUUCGUCGUCCACGAGGAGUACCUGGGCAACGAAGCCCCCUCUUUUCAGGUGCGCAGAGUGGGUCCCAAAGACGAUGACCAGGACCUCGCUGACGAUAUUUGGCGCGCCAGGUAUGUGGUCGAUGACAAGGCGUAUUGCAACCUCCUCGAGAAGGAUGAGAUCGAGACCCUGGACGAAGUGGAGGUGCGGCAGAGACACAUCUACGAGUGCAUCCGCAACGUGCACAAGGUGGAUCCUCGUUGCGUUAACCACAACUACGAGGCGGUGCACUGCGGAAAGGAGCUCGUACCGUAUCAGAAUUACAUCAGGUUCCAAACGACUCCGUUCCCCGACCUCAUUGACGACCUCGCGAGAGCCCUGAAAGAACGCGACAUGGAAGGCGUGACAAAGGAUUACGUUGCUGACAUGGGCGACAUGUCGCUUCGAGUGCCUCCUGCGGUGAUCGUUCUGGCGGAAUUGAUGGGGUGCGGGCCGGAGGAUGUGGAGAGGUGCAAAGAGGAUGGGUUUCCGGUCGAGGAGGAUGCAUUUCAAACGGUCCACGACACGUUGCUCGCGCAAACGCCCAAAGUGCUCAGCUUUAUGCACAAUUUCUACGGGAUUGAUCAGACGGCCGAAACUCUAACGGCGACAAUGAAGCGCAACGCCAUCAAGAAGAUUCUCCACAUAGGCCUCGGGCUCAACCACAUUCCCCCGAAGAAGUCGAACGGGAAGUUCGUAGCUGGCUGGCCCCACAUCUUCAAGCCGCUGCUGUGGCAGGAGGUGCGAGAGAAGUACGGCCGACUGGUUGAUUACCAGGCGACACAGACGGCGGAGGUUUGCAAGAUAACGCCCACAGAUGCUUUAUAA